AUGACUUAUCACGGUGCUUCAAAAUAUGACCGAUUUAUGACUCAGCAAUCACCUUAUGUUGAAUCAAAGUAUCAUAGCUUCGAUAAUCCAACAUUCCAAUCAUCGUCACCUUACAUAAAUGUAAUUCCACCCUCAAUGAACUAUCAUCACAAUCAAUCAUAUUUACGUGAAGUACCAUCACCAGCAGAUAAUUCAAUUAAGACGAGCAAUUAUCAAACAACAGGUGUUGGUGAUAUUCAACAAAAAUUUCCUUAUCCGAAUAUGCUUCAAGUGCGACAUGAUGAUUUUACACAAGCCUCGGGAUAUCAACAAAUAUCGGCUGAAAGGAAACCCUUCGAUCACGAUGGCAAAGAUAUCAGUAAUGAAUAUUUGAAUUCACAAACAAUUAAUCCAAUUUAUAGUCAACAACCCUUCACUAUGUUCGAUGAGAAAUCAUCGACGAAAGCAUUGCAUCCGAUUUAUCAACAACAAAAUAAUCAGCCUCUACAAUCUUGUAAUUAUAGCCAAGAGAGCUUGAAGCUGUCAAAACCAUUUUAUGACACGCCAUUAAUAUUACCAGCAGCAUCGUCAGCUUUGCUCGUUACGCAAUUGUCGCCGAAAUCAACACGAGGAAUGUUAUCGGCGCCCUCAGAUGAAAUUUUAUUAAAAAGUCAUCCAGAGAAUAUGCAAAACAGCACAACAAAUGUUCACAUGAGUGAUGGUGAUGAAGAGACGGAAAGUGAUGGUGAGAAGAGAAAUGCUGGAAAGCGUAACAUUCGACGAAAUGAUCUCAUAGCAAGUGGAAUGAUGCAUCAUCAACAACAAGGUGAUGAAGGAAAGGUCAACAUUGGAAGCCAUCAAAAGCUCAGCGAUAUAAACACUGGCAUCAAGAUAAAUGAAUUCCAAAAUUUAGAUGAUGUUAAUGAAACGAUUGGGAACGAAAACAUGCAUCAAAUAUGGGAGAAGAUAAUUGAAGCGUCACCAGUCGAUGCACAAAAUUCAUCAAAUUUUGUGAUACCGAAAAUCAUCGUUGAAACGCAAAUUGAUUUAACAACAGCAGCACCCAAAAUGCUGUUGAAGCAAACCAUGAAUGAACAUCAAGGAGAUUUUUAUGAAAAACAGGAUGGAGACACACCUGAAAAGUUAUUAAAUCAUUCAAAGGAUGAUCAACAGAAUGAAUCUUUAUCGCUUCAGCCACAGCAGGAAUCAAAAGUGAACAAUAAUUCACCAUUAGAGCAGACUGGAUUAACCAUUUAUCAUAAUGACAAACAACCGUUCUCUGAUGAGCAACAGAAGUAUCGCAGUGAGAAUCGUCAUCAUCAACAACAUCCAACAUCGAGUGUUGAACAUGAAUUGCGUGAUUUCGAUAGAAUUCAAAUCACAGAUAAAGAAGAUGCGGCAACCCGAAUCAUGACAUAUGAAUCCGAAAUAAAAACCAAUAACUCAAUGGCUGAAGGCUCUUCAGACGACAUUGUAGGCAGUGAGGAAGGAACGAAAGCGAUAAACAAUGGCAACGAAGCAUCAGCAGUGUCGUUAAAUGAUAAAAUCAAUGAAAUUUACCGGAAGAUUGAGAAAAUCGAAGGCGAUUAUUAUGAUGGGAAAGGUAAAAUAAUUGAGAUCAGUGAGCGUAGAAUGUCGUCGUCAUCAUUGAAUGAUUCUGCAAGAAUUGAAACUUUAUCAAUAAAUGACUCGCCUGAUAUCAGAAAUGACGAAGCAAAAGUCAAUUCACCUCAGAAUAUUCAACAACUCGAAACUUUUCAUGAGAACAUUCAAAGGCCAGUCUCGAUUGAAAAUAAUAUUUACGAGACUGAUGAAAAUGAAUGGCCAGAAGCUUCGAAUGGAAAUGAAAUCAAAUCCCAAGAAACUUCCAAAGCAGAUUACAAUUAUGAAAACUUUGUUGCAGAUGAAAAUCAGCAGAAUUUUAUUCCAUCGCAAGCUUAUGACGAUGCUUUGACUACAGAAAACGAUUACACGUCAACUUUGCAAGCGUAUCAGAAUCAAGGUGAGUUUGGUCAGGUGCAGCAGUUUGAAAACCAAUAUGAUGCUAGCGACGUGCAAACAAAUAAUGCUAUCUAUGAUAAUGCACAAUAUUCUUAUGAUUCAACUCAACAAAAUUACGAGAACUACGUCGACCCACAGCAGAAUCAGCAGCAACAACAGCAGGAAAGCGAAUAUGUUUAUUCUCACCAUGAUAAUACUCAAUAA